CAUGACAUCAACCUGCUUCUAGUCCUGGACGACGAGUUACCGCAUCUUUGAAAGUUACUAAAGGGUUUUCAUGGAUUUAAUGUUAGCCUCUGCAGGUAUUUGCCCACGGACAAUCAAGAGCCAUUGGCAGUCUGCGUAUUUGGUUGUUUCCAUUGCAUGAACACAGUUAAGUGCUGGCACUGGCUACGCUUCAUUGGCUUCCCUGUUUACACGUUAGCUAGCUAGCGUAAGAGCUAAUUGAUGUUAGCUAGCUAACAUCGUCACUGAUUGCAUUGCCUGUUUAACUGCAACUUGUUUUCUUUUGGCUAGCUAGAGGUUGACUAUAUAUAUGUUGUGCUAUGCAAACUGGGUCCGUGUAAUAUAAAUUACCGCAUUGUUUUUCAACACUGCAACGUUAGCUAACUAAAAGUAACGCUACCUUAACAUUGACACCAUAGCUCUAUUGAGAUAUUUUAUCACUAGGAGAUUGGUUUUUAAAAAGCAAAUUAAUACGAUAGAUGACUGUUGGAAAUGGCGUAGCUACUUAGCAUGGAAACAUCUCAUGGCAGUCCGUAGAUGUCAGGGCAGAGGAGGGUUUACAGUGGCAACGUUAGCCACAUCGCCCCUCAACUGUCUCCGGAGGCCAACUAUAGACUUAAACACCAAUCAACUGUUAACAUUGGAACAUUAUCUUUGAAACAAAGGACUAUGGAGUCUGUUAGGAGUGCUUUCCACGCUCAGCUGGCCACCGUCAUGGACUCGCUUCUGGCAGCCGCUGUGUGCGAGAUCGCCAAGAUCUUUGAGAGCAGCCUGUGUGAACAGCAGGCGGAGCUAACGCAGAAAACAGAGGAGAUCUCCAUCCUCCGAGGCAAGCUGGAGAAAGUGGAGAGGAGGCAGAAGGCGAAAGGUGGAGGGUGCGAGGAAGGAGAGAUGUCAUCAGGAGACAGAGAGGGAAGCUUAAGGCAGCAGACCCUGACAGGAUCAGUACUGAAUGUGGGGAAGGCUAUGUCUUCUCAUUCAGACCCAGCAGAAGGACUGAGUCAGAACCUCAGCGGCCUGAAAGAAGAGGUCACAGGCCAGGAUGGAGCUCCGGUAAAACAUGAGCGUGCUGGAUUACAACCGACCAUGGGGUCUGUAGCAGUCCAAGUCCCAGAGGGAAGCAUUGCUGCCGGGGACCAGAGGCAGAGAGAUACACUGUCUGCCACACAAGCCAAGGCCAAAUUGUCUCAUUGGGAUCAGGGCAAUGCAGACCACAGAUCCCUCCAGAAUCAAGCCUCCGCCCCUUUUCUCUCCAUCUCCCAAAGCGGGCGUUGCUCCCCCAGGCUUGACCCAAGCCUAGCUCAACCAGGGGAGUGGUUACCGCGGGUGGACACCACCCGGAGUAGGGCGUCCGGUCUGGAGAACCUGCAGGCAGAUGGCACCAGCUGCUCUGAUCCAGCUAGCAGCAGCACUGGCACAGACCCGCCCUGCUUUCGACCAGGUUUUGGCUCCGACGAAACCAGCAACGAAGAUGACGACAGUUCUUUUCCUUUCCUGGACCAGGAGCCCGAGAACCACGACUCCAAUCAGAACUCAGUGCAGACCCAAGGUGUGGGGCAUAGGGGGGCUCGGCAGGUUCAGCCCCAAGCCCCUUCUAGCGAAUCACCAUGGAGACCCAGAGAUGACAGGGGUGGGAGAGGCCCUAUAAAUCACACACGGCGGGUCACAACCUUUGUCAAUAGAGACCCUCUUCGACCACAAUCCAAUUCACAGUCGCUCACGCUACGACAUACAAACACUCUCAGCCCACCUCCAGCGCCGGGGGGAGGGAAUGGACGACCUUACACCUGUCCAUACUGUACCAAGUGUUUCACCUACCCCUCCCACCAGCGCAGACACCUUUUACGCCACACAGGAGUCAGACUGCAUCCAUGUCAGUUUUGUGACAAGAGCUUCCUCACUCCCUCUGAGCUUACUGUGCACACUCGCACACAUACAGGGGAACGCCCUUUUGGCUGCGCUCAAUGUGGUAAGCGAUUCGCCCGCAGCGGGAACUUAAGAGCCCACCAACGUGACGUUCACAUGGGGAAGAGGCCCUUCGCUUGCACAGAGUGCGGGAAAAGGUUUGCCCACAGGGGUAACCUGAGAGUGCACAAUCACAGAGUCCAUCAAGGAGAUCCCUACUACAUGGAUGAUCAACAGGAGCCUGACAUAGGCCCUAAUCCCAUUUGAAAAGAUUUAAAAAGAAAAAUGAUGGCUGUGCACUUUAAUUUUGUUUGCAAAAUAAACUUUAGGAACUUAGAAACUUAUUUCUAAAUACUAAAAAAAGUACAUAAGUAUUGAAAGGUGCUGUGCCCAAAAAUAGGA